GCGUGGACACACUUUGUGGCCAAUGAGGACAUCGCACGAGUGUCCUGUAAUUCCCAGAUGUUGACUAAACUAUUGUGUGCGACCCUAUUGUGCUGCACAAUAGCACCGGUAUGUCUGGCAAACCUGUGUCCGUGCGAGGAUCAGACACUAUGCAAUCCCAUUGAAUACGAUGGCAAAGAGGUGUACGCUUUUGUGGGCGAAUCAAACCGUACGGAAUGGACUCAAUACGAUUGGACCCGUAUUACUACUAUAGCCCUAUUUGGUUGGUACGACCCGGAGCUUAUGUGUCAUGCUCACAAAAAUAAGGCCAGAGUGGUCGGUCUGGGUGUUAUCCCUAAAGCCGAUCUGACCAGCGAUGAUAAAGUGGACAAAUGGAUAGCGGAUCAGUUGUCGUACGCCAAAGAGCGCUUCCUCGACGGUAUUAACAUCGAUGUGGAGUACGAUAUCGACGCCGGGAGUCCCGAAGUCGAUGCGCUGACCCGGUUUAUGGGCAAAGUGCGCGACCGGUUCCACCAGGCGUUGCCCCACUCACAGGUCACGUUUGACGUGCCCUGGAGUCCAUACAAUGUCAAGGGCACCGGUAUAGACGGCCGUAACUAUAACUUUACUGCGUUGGCCGAUGUGUCGGACUUUUUAUUUGUGAUGGCGUACGACGAACGGAGUCAGGUGUUUGACACGGACUGUCUGGCUCAGGCCAACUCUGACCUGUUUUGGACGGCGGGUGGGCUCAUGGCGUACUUGAAGCUGGGCGUUGACCCUGAUAAAAUGGUGCUCGGGCUACCAUGGUACGGCUACGACUACCAGUGCGUGCGCACCGGUCCCGACCGGACCUGCUUUAUCAAAGAGGUGCCCUUCCGUAACGUUAGCUGUAGCGAUGCCGCCGGUGUUCAGGUGCCGUACGUAGAGAUCAAACACCUGGUGGACAUUAGUAGAGGAGCACCGAUAUGA